AGGAGGAGGAGGAGGAGGAGGCGGCGGGUGUCGGGUUUCACCUCCUCCCUGAUCUCCUGCGCUCCUCUCAUUGUUCCCGCGCCGCGUCAGAUUCGCGUGACAGCGUCGUCCCGCGCGCCGCUCCGCGAGUCAUGCUCGAGAUGGAAACGGGGCGACCGGCGGAGAACAAGCGCAGCCGAAAACCUGCUCACCCCGUGCGGAGAGACGUGCGCCAGGAGAUGAAGAGCUUUGCUGAAAGCACCAUGAAUGAGUUGUUAGGCUGGUACGGCUAUGAUUCAGUGGAUCUGCAGGACUCAGGAAACCGUGUCAAACACAACCAUAUAUCUGUUCUUAAAGGGAACUCCGUGCCAAAGCCACACGCCGAGGAGAGGAAGCUGCCCUCAUCAUCAUCCUCAUCUUCCUCAUCAUCUUCCUCAGAGCCCGUCAGGAGCAUGAACGUCAUCGUGCCGCUCAUCAAGCCCUCUGCCGCGGAGGACGAGCAGAACGAGCCGAUCGUGUGCGUCUGGUGUCAGAAGGAGGGCGUGAAGCGCUAUUCUCUGCUCAUGGGCUCCGAGCUCAAGAGCUUCUGCAGCGAGAAGUGUUUCGCCGCGUGUCGACGCGCCUUCUUCAAACGCAACCAGGCUCGAGAUGAGGAUCGUCAUGGCGACCAGUCUCCGCCCCCUGGCCAGACGCUGGACACGCCCUCAAGACUUCUGCUGAAGAUGAACAACAACACGCGUGUGUGUGAUUGGUGUAAACACCCGCGUCACACUAAAGAGUACCUGGACUUCGGUGCGGGCGAGGAGCGCCUGCAGUUCUGCAGCACCAAAUGCCUAAACCAGUACAAGAUGGACGUGUUUUACCGGGAAGCUCGUGCCGCCCUCGCCGGCUCCGCCCACAAAGAUGAGGAGGACCGCCCCAAAACAGCUGUGGCGGAAAACCAGAAACUCCUCACCCCGGAGGCCUGGGACAGACCAGCGAAAACCCUCUCGCCCCGAAGCCCGCCGCAGCCGAGGAUUCAGACCAGCGUAUCGCCCUCUUCUCCGGCUCGUGUUACUCCGGAACAGCAACGCCCACCUCAGAUGCCCAACCAGAGGGCUUCCUUUGCCCCGCCUCCUCUCCUCCAGCCUUUCCCCGCCCCUUACAUGCCCUUCCACCCGGCGUACCCGCCCCAUUUACCCCCGCCCUGGCCGCAGCCCAUGAUGUUAUCACCCUACCCGGUUUUCGUGCCAAUCCCGGUGCCGAUUCCCAUUCCCAUCCCUGUUUUCCCUCAAAUGGGCCACAAAGGAGUCAUUCGAAGCCUUCAGGAGCACGAGCGUACACCCGAUCCGGGUCACUCGGAGGAGCCCAACAAAAAAGUAAAGACCGAACGAUGCGCUUCUCCUUUCGCGUCGGAGCGCCAGGUGAUUCAGUGUCUCCGCAAACACCCGGUGAAAGAGGAAACUCACACGUGCGCAUCUCCAACGCACAAAGCACUUUACACGUCUGUCGUCACGGCGACGGCCUCUAGAAUCGUUACUCCCGCCUCUUUGUACUCAUUGGCUCGUUCGACCACCAUACAAGCCACCUCGUUCUCACUGGACAGCUCCUCUCAGUCUCCUCUCUCCGUCUGCGAAGAUGUGAAAGAGAACAGCUAUUUGAGUGGGCGGGACGACGGCUCGGCCAAUCGCUGGCCAGCAGAGCAGACGGACUGCCGGAGCGACCAAUCGAAAGAGAGCAGGGGGGAGGAGGAAGCGCCGCAGGAUGUAGAGCACACCUACGCGCGGUCCGUACCGCCCAAACUACGCGAGAAAAACACACAAACGCAUUUACACACGCAAACACAAACCUGGGAGAAAAACACGGAUCUGGGAUCCGAGCCGAGCGGACGGGACGAUCCAGAACCAGCCGUGAAGAGACGAUGCUUGAGAAUCAGAGACCAGAACAAAUGAGGGCCGGGGUGUAAAUGCAGUGAUGACACGAUCGAGACGAGCGAUGCGGUCUGUGACCGUACAGAGGAUGCCCAUCCAGACGCAGCAGCAGAGCAUCAUGGGAGUCACAGAUCGAGCGCAUGUGAUCCAAUUAGACCGCAUAUGUGUGUGUGUGUUUUCCUGCUGAGCCCCUACAAAGCCAGGCAUUGUUCCUCACUGCCAGUGUGUGUGUGUCUGUGUGUGUGUGUGUGA